UGUUGGAAAGAGGAUGAGCUCAUCUCUGAGCAGCGCGGCAGUCAGAGGGAGCUCAGAGAGGAGGACGGAGCUGCUCCGGAUCGGACUAAAACCUCUGCAGAGCUGCGACAGAGACCUGGUCUGAGACCUGCUUCAGGAAACCAAACACAAUGGUUUGGUCCCGAGAUGGAGACGCAGAACGACCCCCGCUGUCUGUGAUCCUGCCGCGACUCUACCUGGGAGCGGAGAGCGACGUGACGCAGGAGCAGCUGGCCUCUCUGGGUAUUUCCUACGUCCUGAGCGUGAGCCGCUGCAGCCCCCAGCCUUCAUUCCUGCCUAGUUCCAGGUUUCUUCGCAUCCCCAUUGAUGACUCGCUGUGGGACGACCUGCUGCCCUGGAUCCCACAGGCGCUGCACUUCAUUGACGCAGCCAUGUCCUCUGGGGCUUCGGUGUUGGUGCACUGUGCAGCGGGAAUCUCUCGUUCACCAGCUCUGGCUGUCGCCUACAUCAUGUACAGUCUGGAAAUGGACCUGGACCACGCCUACAGGUUUGUGAAAGAGCGCCGACCCACCAUUUCCCCAAACUUCAACUUCCUGGGUCAGCUGCAGCACUUCCAGGGCGCUCUGAGCCAGAAGACAUCCGGUGGUGACCCGUUCAGCCGACAGCUGAGUAGCCGUCAGGAUGCGGGUCCUGAAGCUAUCGCAGUGGACUUAUCACACCACAAGGACCCAACACAGCAGAGGCACUCACCGUCCAAUGGUGGAAAUAAAGCCCAGACUCUCCAUCUGACCCUCUGUCCGAAGCAGAAACCCUGUGAGGUACCAGCUCCGAGCCCCUCUGAGCCCCCAAAUCCAGCACCAAAACCCACACAUAUGCAGCUCCCAUCAGGUUCUGCUUCUCUGUUAGACAAACGUAAAAGCCUCACCCUGUCUCUGACACCUGUGGUAACAUCCCCUCCCUCCACGACAUCCUGCACCACCCCAAAACCAGUCCACAGUUUGGAUUGUGACACCAAGACCCGGUCCAGCACAGAGGACUCCCACAGGGACCAGAACCCAUCCUACAGCCGGUGCAGCAGAACCAGGGCUAAGGAUCCAGGUCUGCUGUCACCGUUCAGCAUCACUCUGAGUAAACUGCUGGACUGGGGGGAGAAGGUCCUGUUAGCCGGAGCGUUUGUCCACCCUGUGAAGAUGGGACGGCCGGCUCUACCGUACAGAUGCUGAGGGGGCCGCAGGGGGGCGUGACCGUCAACACAUACAUGUGAUGUAUAGUGUACAUCACAUGUAUGCACUGACAGACCAGCUGUUCUUUAUUUAUUUGUUGGAAAUGUCACACAGGGACCUGUCAGCUGAUCCGUUUCAGGGACUUUUAGAACUAUAUUUACUGAUUAAUAAAAUAUUUCAACCAUU